AUGUUCAAGCUAGCAAGAAUAAGCUUUUUCUGCUUGAUUGCUACCUCACUUGUCCUAGCUUUGCCGCUGGAUAAACCGGGCUCACAAAACAGGAGAGUGAAAUUGCCAACAAGCCAACAUGUUGCAGAAGGAAGUGCAAAAAGCAAGUCUGCCAGAUUAUCAAGUAUUGCCUAUGCAUGUGUUCAAGGUGUAAACUUAUGCAAACAAGCCAGUCGUCGAAUGAGUAAAAUAGUCCACGACAUCGGUACGACUGUAGGACCGGAUAAAGAUUUGAAUCGAUUGCGGGCAGAAUAUGAUAAACUUAAAUUGAACAUUCAUAAAAUCGAUUACAAUGCAAAUAAGCUUGCCAGAGAAGAAGUUCAAAGGGCUAAAUCUAUCAAGAGAAUAUUAUGA